GUAAAUAUCCAUGGCGGUCACAACUGUAGUCAAGUGCGAUCCAGAGUUCUUCUAUUUAUUUCUCAUGCUUACUGUCGUUACUGUAAACACAACAGAGAGCGACUUUAAUACGACGGCUUUUGAUGCCUACAAUCUUAUUUAUAAUGUUACUGAGAGUUAUCCGCGUACACAGCCUCCAGCGUCCGAGAGCACGACCACAGCUCCGAGCUACAGCACCGAGAUGCCGAACCUACCGGCCGUGCCCCUGCCAGUCUCCGGGCACCUACCCACUCCUCUCACCAGUGCUGACAGGUUAUGUCCCUGCGAUGAGCAGAUGGAUGUAUGUGACAUCAACUGCUGUUGUGACAGAGUGUGUAGUGGGGAUGUGCCUCUGUUCACCAGUUGCUCUUAUCCCACUGUGAGUGGCAGCAAGCAGAUGUGCAGCCAUGAUGUGGCAUUGUAUUCUUUAAGGAGAGCAGCAGACGGUUAUUCAGAGCUGCAAUCAUCUGUUCAGAAGGAGACCAACUACGACAUCUUCUGCAUCGAGUCACAAAACCGAGUUGAUGGACUGUCAUAUCCCUCUCCCGCUCUGCCAACUGACAGCAACUUUGUGUCGCUCUUUAAACAAUUCACCAGCUAUAUUUUCGGUUUAGAGAAAGUUAACCAGGCGUCCUCUGUAAACCUCCAGACCUCGGGCGGAUACCAGUAUGGGGAUGUGAUCGUGACGGCAGGGGCGGCUGAACAGAGAGAGAUCUUGCAACUGCCAGCUCCCGGUGUCACUGCUGAUUGUGUGGAUAACAGUCCUGCAGCUUUCCUGAAGGAUCAAAGCAGUCGGUGCUCCCGUCGCGUGGUCCUGGAUCAGGACUGCGGCCAUCUGCCAGCCCUCAGCAUGGAUAGCUACACUGACACCCAGCUGUUUAGUGAUAUGAGCACAGAUGCAGCAGUUGUUCCUGUGGUGGUGUCUUCAGUCAUCCUACAGUCUGCAGAUCACACUCAGACUGAGCUGAAGGUCACAGGUGGAGGAAACAUCAGUCCUGUUCUCAUCAACCCCACCCUCUGUGGUAAUGUGGUGCUGAAGGUUCUCUAUGUGAUAAAGUACAACCCACAGGGUAAGAUAGAAAAUGCAACGGUGUCUGUGGUGCUUGGAUUUGUAACUGAAGCUGUGCUGCAUUUGGAACAGGAGUUUCAGGUCACGUACAUCCAGGUAGAUGGGGGGGACGUGAAUGUCCACUACAGCGGAAAUCCAGGUUAUGUGGUCGGCCUGCCGCUUUUGUCUGGAACAAGAACAGCCGAUGGGAUUGUCAGAAGCAUUGACCUCAGAGACACUCUGUCUCUGCUCCUCAGCACUGAGGACCAGGACUGUCUGCAGGGUCCACAUCAGCGCUCACCUGUCCUCUUUGGUCACGACUCUGUGUCUGGCUGCCUGUUAAGGUUGGAAGAUGGUGUAAAUUGCACUAUUGUCUCGCAAGAGCUUCUAGGAAUUUUGAGAGGAUUUAACUAUCCUUAUUAUGUGGCUUCCUUUGGAAACUCCCGCCUGGACAAUCUCCUGGACUGGGUGCAGAUCAAGACCAACUUCAAUCCCACAGAAGCUCCAAGUUGCAGCAUCCCAUUGUCACUGCACUUAGAAAUUAAAUGGACCAAUUACGGAUCCUUCGUGAAUCCUCAAGCACAGAUUGUGAGCAUCAAAGAAGUAAUUCAGAGCAACACCAGCAGUUUGACCCUGUUGUCCAGAGGCAGCAGUGUCCUUCCAAUCAGAAGCUCAGUGGCCUUCAUCCCAGUAUCUGCUGCUGCUCUUCCUGGUUACAGGGCCACACCUACCAUCAAUGCCAAACUGCCCUUUGACUUCUUCUUCCCUUUUGUUUGAUCCAACUGCAGCUUUCACUUAUUUAAGCUUCCCCAUAAACACUGGUACAGUGUGUGGUCAUCACUAGUACUGUUAUUGGACCAUCAGUCUGCAACUGUGUAUUGUGUGAAUAAUGUACAUCUGAGUUUUCCCUUUUUUAUAAUAAAAUUUAAUACAUGGUUUCA